AUCACUCCACGUGCAAUUCUUGCUAUUUGCUUCCUCAUUAUUUGCUGGCAAUCUCUUACAUGUUAUACAGUUCAUCUUAAACAAAAAGAUUUCUCAAUGUCACGUUCUUGAACAUGUCUUUGUUCCUUAAGCCCACUUAUUUUGCUAUUUGAGAUUCAUUUUCUUUUCUUUUUUCACCAUUUUUUUUUCAUUUCUCCACUAAGGUAAGCUACUUGAACAAUGGAUUCCAAGACCCUUCUUGAUUAUGCUUUGUUUCAGCUCACCCCAACUAGAACAAGAUGUGAUCUUGUGGUGUUUUCUGGGAGUAAAAGUGAGAAACUGGCAUCUGGGUUGGUGGAACCCUUCAUUUCUCACUUGAAAUUUGCUAAAGAUCAGAUUCCAAAAGGUGGGUAUUCAAUCACUAUGAGGCCACCUUCAACUCAUGCUUAUUGGUUCACUAAAGCCACAUUCCUAAGAUUCGUACGCUUUGUAAGUACACCUGAAAUUCUUGAGAGGUUUAUGCGGUUGGAACACGAGAUUUCACAGAUCGAGAGUUCCAUUCAAUCCAAUGAAUGCUCCAACGGCAAUUCAGAGGAAGGAAGCUCACCAGCUAAUACUGAGAGCACCAGGAAAUCAAAUGAUUCAUUCAAGGCAAAAUCUGAAGUUGAAGAAGCUAAUAAUGCUGCACCAAAAGAAAACUCGAAGAUUCACCUUCAGCGUCACCUGGAUACCCGAAAAGCAUUACUCCGGAAAGAGCAGGCCAUGGCUUAUGCACGUGCAGCAGUUGCAGGCUUUGAGAUAGACCAAUUGGAUGAUCUCUUACAGUUUGCUAAUUCUUUUGGUGCCUUACGUCUUAGGGAUGCAUGCAUUGAGUUCAAGGAACUUUACAAGCAAAAGCACACAGAUGGCCAAUGGAUGGAUGAGGUGGCUGCAAUGAAGGCAUGUUCCCCAGCGGAUCUAUCGUACUUGGGAAAUCAAGGUGUUAUUCUUGCAUAUGACAAUAGUGGCUCCUUGGAUAGUUCUGACUCAAAUUCAAAUGGUGUCAAAGAUGAGAAUCUUCCUGCAUCAGAGCCUUCCAUUGCAGCAAAAGCUCAGAUGCAGAUGCCAUGGCAGAACCAGAUGCCUCCGUAUAUGUACAACUUUCAUGGUCCAGCUCAACAGAUGCCUUUUGCCGGCAUGCAUCCUUUACAAUAUUAUCCACCACAUAUGCAGUGGCCACAAAGUGUAAAUGGCUCAACAAAUGGUCAUGUUAGAGACUCUCACAAACGAUCAAAGAAGAAGGAGAAAUCCAAUCUGAAAGAACAUGACAGUUCAGAAGAUGAUGAACAAACUGAGUCGAGUGCCUCUGAUUCCGGAACUGAUUCUGAUGAAGUUAGGAAGCAUGAGAAAAAAUAUUCUUCACGUGCUAAAAAGCACAAGAAGAAAUCCUCAAAAACAGUUGUUAUCCGCAACAUCAAUUAUAUCACUUCCAAGAGAAAGAAUGAGGAAAAUGAUGGAUCUUCUUAUGAUUCUUCUUCAGCUGAUUCUCAUUUACUCGAUGAAGAUUCUAUCAAAGAGCAGGUAGAUGAUGCUGUUGCAGUACUGGAGAAACGUCGCAACUCAAAAGGACGUAGGAACAAGAAUAGAGGACAUCAGGAUCUUGAUGUAGAGAACGAAUCAAAUGGCUAUAGCAACACGGAGGGCAUGUCACCAACGUUAUCUGAGAAACCAAAAGGAAAUGACGCAUGGGGCGCAUUCCAGAAUAUUCUGAUGAGUCGUGAAGAGUCAACUAUGAAUGGAGCAAGUGACCAACUACCUUUGAACUUCCAGGAUGAAGGUUAUGGGAUCAAAAAUUCUGAGAAGGUCAGACGAGACCAUUUGGUAACUGAUGAUUCUCUUCUCAUGAGCAAAAAUCACGAAGAAACUGGCACAAAGGUUAGCAUGGUAGAUUUUGCCAAUGGUGAGGAUAUGCGGCCAAGUUUGAAGAAAGGAGUUUCUGAUGAUGUGCAUCUUUUAUUUUCGCACAAAGAACCAUCAGGAGGCAAUACGUUGGGAACUCUAUCUGAUUUUGGUACUGAAUCCUCUGCUAUUAGAAAUAGUACUGGGGAAGAUUGGUUUGUUGUCAACCACUCUGGCAGUUCAGAAACUCAAGAGACUAAGCGAAUAAUAUUCGACAAUGACAGUAGCAUGUCAAUUCAGAAAAGUUCAGCUCACACCGAAAGUGAAAAAGCAGCUCCAAUUGAUGAUUCUUUCAUGGUACAAUCUCUACCAUCUUUUAACGAUCAUUAUGACUCUCAGUGGAAAACAGACAUUAGCAUGGAUGCAGACUUGGUUGCCACAGAAAAUGCUGAAAAAACCAAGCUUAGUACGUUUGGGGCCAGUCAACCUGAUGACCUUUGUGUGGUGCUUGCAAGAGAAACAAGUUUGGAUCCUGUUGAGGAAUCUUGGCAAGAUUUUGAGAUUGAAGCUUCUUUCGUUGAAGUUGAUAAAAAAUCUUCUGCAGUUGAGGCAAAUACUAGUCCUACUGAAGAAAAUGUUCCUGUGAAAGGUAAAAAAAGCACAAGCAAGAAGGACGGUCUUGCAAAGACCGGGAAAGAUGUGAGGUCUAAAGUCUCCCCGGGACCCCUUUCAAGGAGCAGGAUUGAUGCUUUAGCAAAGAGCAAGAAGAUGUCUCCUCCUAACAAGCUGACAACCCAGAAGAGCAAAUUAGAUCGGGAGGAAGAAAUGCGCAAGAGAAUGGAAGAAUUGGUGAUCGAGAGGCAAAAAAGGAUCGCAGAAAGAUCUGCAGCUAAAGGUUCGUCCCCAGUAGCUUCCAAGAAAGGGCCAGCAGGAAAAACAGCUUCCUCAAAGAUAUCACCUUCAUCCAAAGUUCACACAUUUCCAGUGCAGGUCAGGCAUUAAGGAGAACUCUAUCAAGGAAAACUAUGACACGACCUUAAAAUAUUUGAGUGCUUUGCGUGAACUUGGAGCAUCCACAACUUCUUGCUUUGUCCAUUGGAGAAAUAUAUAUAUUUUUUUAUGGAACUUAGAGAUUCUUUCUUUACUAGGACAGCAUUGCUUGCUGGUUUAAUACAAGUUCCUUCUCAUUUAUUUAGAAAUUCAUGUCCCAUCAUAAGGUUUUGCCAGUAUAGUUGUUUGAGGCUUUAUUAUUAUUUCUAUACUGCUAUUUGUUCAUAUGUUGUGCAAAGUUAUAUGUAAAUCUAUCAGUGAGUUAAAUUUGUAAUAGCAAAUCUUGUUUCUUUUUGCUGAAUAAGUGAUAGGUUUUGGUA